AUUUCCUGGGUGCUGGGCUUCUGUUUUUAAUAAACAAGUUGUAUAGUUGGUUUUCAAAAGGAUGGCCAGUUCAGCAACGAUUAAAUCGGCCUUUUCCAACAUUCCACCUUUGACAAAGGCUUUGGUUACCACGCUUAUUGUACUAUCGUGUGUUAGUUACAUUUACACGUAUCGAUUGCGACUUGAUGCAGAUGACCCUGACACCGUACCGUUCCUGGGAUGUCCAUUCAUUGGCAUUCUUCCUGGUUUAGCAUUAUACACACCUUGGACGUUUCUAUCAGGCGCUUUUUAUGAAGAUAACGUCUUUUCGCUUUUAGGAAGCUCAGCCGUAUUAUUAUUCUGUGGAAAAUAUUUGGAACGCGCAUGGGGUAGUCGUGAACUGUUCAAAUAUGUCCUUCUUACCGCCACUGUAUCCAACAUUGUCACAUGGAUUGGCAUUAUUGCGACGUUUUACAUGUCUGGUGACAGCGACUUUCUGUAUCAUAUCCAGAUCAAUGGCAUGGCUGGUGUAUUUUCCGCAUUUCUUGUUGCAUUCAAGCACCUUAUCCCAGAACACAGAGUUUCGCUUCUCGGCAAUGUCGUGACGAUUCGCGUCAAGAACUUGAUUGGUGUAGCAACAGCAGCAAGUAUAGCUUCCCUGGUCUUGUUCCAAGCUAUUGUGUUUUACAAUUUGGUGAACAUCGGCUGGGUCAUUGGAUGGAUCUACAUACGAUUCUUCAAGUAUCAGGAUGGUAUCAAGGGUGAUCACAGCGAGGCAUUUGCACUGGUGACGUUUUUCCCCGAGUUUCUACAUCCUGUUAUUGGAUUUGUUGCCAACAAUGUGUAUGCCAUCUUUGUCAAAUUGGGUGUCUGCACACCAGCACCGCGCAACUAUUCGUAUGACCUUGAAAGCCAGACUGGCGUUCGAUCCAUGCCUUCGCCUUUACCAGGCAGUGCUCGUGCUGAAGCAGAAAGACGAAGGGCACUUGCAUUGAAGGCAUUGGAUAUGCGACUCUCUACGAAGGCAGCUGCAGCUGCAACACCCUCGUCAAGCUCCUCCUCCUCCUCCUCCUCCCCUGCCAAUAUUAACAGCCCUGUCAUUUCUACUGAUAAUGCAGCAUCCAGUUCCACUGCAGCUCCACGAGCAUCCGAUAAUACCACCGUUCUGUUUGAGGCCGAAGAAAUGGCAACAGUUGCUGCUGCACCAUCCACCACCUCACCUGCAGCUGCCGCUCCUUCUUCUUCGUCGUUGGCGGAUGACAAGCUUCCAGCCGAAGAAGCAAAACGUGAUUAAGUGUUUGGGGUUUAGUAAAACUUUGUAGAUAAUAAAAGGAUAUUUUCUGUCUUGCUGUACACACACACACACACACGCACAUUCACUCACUCACACUCACUCACUCACUCACACUCACAGAGCCGACUAGACGAAAGACAUGUGUUAUUCUCUUCUUCUUUUUGUGCUCCCUGCACACCUCAGUUUCCUCCCUUCUUUUAUGUCUUUGCCAUCUCUCCAAUUCUCAACCAACCUCCCCCCACAGCAAAAAUGACGCGCAAGUUUUUUGGGCAACGUACAGAAUCGAAAGUUUAAAGGCUGUUCAUUAACCCCUCCUUAUACCCGGGUCAACAAACCAUAUAAUGUUUUAAUACAACAUUGAACUCUAAAAGAAAGGUUUCUCC